AUGGGCCAGCUACCAUCAGCUCGAGUGGCACCGGCUCGGCCCUUCUACAACUCGGGCCUUGAUUAUGCAGGUCCAGUCACCGUGAAGACUUGGAAAGGGCGGGCGACACGAACAUACAAAGGCUAUCUGGCCAUAUUCGUAUGCCUCGCUACAUCAGCCGUUCAUAUAAAGAUACUCACGGAUUACACGACUGAUGCCUUCAUUGCCACCUACAAAAGAUUCACGGGCAGAAGAAGCAUAUGCGCCUCAUUGCAAAGUGACUGCGGAACGAAUUUUGUGGGAGCUGAUGCAGAGUUAAGACGACAAUUUAAGACAUUCUCCAAGGAACUACGACAUCUCGCAUUCCUGCUCGCCAACGAUCACACUAUAUGGAGGUUCAAUCCCCCAGUGGCCCCUCACUUCGGAGGAAAGUGGGAGGCGACCGUAAAGUCAACUAAAUAUCACUUGCAACGAGUGUUAAAGGAGACUGCAUUGACUUACGAGGAAAUGACAACCAUUACUGUACAGAUAGAAGCGAUCUUAAACUCAAGACCAUUAUGCCCGCUAUCAGACGACGCGAUUGACUAUAACGCUCUGACUCCUGGACAUUUCCUCAUAGGGGAAGCGCCCACUGCUAUUCCAGAACCUGCUCUAUCAGACGAGAAAACUUCAAGGUUCUCACGAUGGCAACUGCUUAGACAAAAGGUAGACCAUUUUUGGAUAAGGUGGUCCUCCGAAUGUUUACAGCGCUACCAAGCAGUAUCUAAGUAG